UUCUUAUAAUAUACAUAUAUAUUAAUGUAGCAUUAUUAUAUUGUUUAUACACUUCAACAAAAUUUCAUCGCACUAUAUCAUUUAAAUUAUAUUCCAGUAACCAAACAAUAUUUAAUUUUCAAUAAUUUGCAAAUAAUUGUGCAAUUCAAACAAAAUGACGGAAUACACAUAUAUACACACAUACACAAUAAAAAGAAAGAAAAAAAAGGUAUCCACACACAGGAAUAUCCUUUCUUCGAAAUCAGCUGAUCUGGAUUUGUUUUCAGUAACACUUCACUUUACACACUUCAAGUUUGUGAAUAAUUUUGUGUUUUCCGAGAAUUUAUCUUUGACGAUUCUUUGCCAUUUUGUUGUGCCAUUAUUUUUAAAUUUGUGGAAUAUAUAAAAAUUAAUUCCGCAUUAGAUAUAUAGAAUAAUUUUAUUCGGGGGGAAAAAAAAUUAGAAUUUAUAAGAAGUGACAACCGGUGCUACAACUAUUUUCUGAAACUGAAUAUGACAACUGGCGACGCGACACGGUUUACAAGAAUACUUCUCACUGGACCACCGGGAAUUGGAAAAACAACAAUAUGUAAAAAUCUCGUUCCAUUAUUGGAAAAAAAAUAUACAAUUGAUGGAUUUUAUACAGAAGAAUUACGUGAUUCCAAUAAAAUGAGAAUUGGUUUCGAUAUAAUUUCCAUUAAGAAUUCUGAAAUUAGAACUCCCCUUGCUCGUAUUGCGAACACAUUGAAUAAGCAGCAAUUUCAAAAGCAUCGCGUUGGAAAUUAUCACGUUUUUAUAGAAAAUUUCGAAAGCAUUGCAUUACCAACUUUGGAUUCAAAAAUGGAUUUAUUAUUUAUCGAUGAAAUCGGAAAGAUGGAAUUAUUCAGCGAUAAAUUUUUUACCACAGUGAAUAAUUUAUUUUUUAAAGGAGACAAUAGUAGGAAAAAUAUUAUUAUUGCUACAAUUCCUCAAAUGCAUAAAGUUCCACCGCGACAUGUUUCUUUUUUUCAACAAUUUUAUAAAGAUAAUUUUUGUAAAAUUAUUGAUGUUAAUCGUGAAAAUCGAAAUUCAUUACCAGAAGAAAUUUAUGCAAUAAUUUCUAACAUUUCACCAAAAAUUUGAAACAUUCACAAAACUAAAGAUGGCGUUACAAAAAUAUAGCCUAUUUUGAUUGGACAUAUAAGUCAUCAUUAUUGCACUCAUUGGUUAUUUUCAAAUUUACGCGGAAAUAUGCAACCAAUAAGAGAAGGUUAAUUUGGAAAUGCGCCUUAAGGCGUUUACAUGUUUGAGAAAUGCGCAUGCGCCAAUAUGGCGGACUUAGUUGCUCGAUUGCUUACUGCGCAGAGUGUUUUUGUUUGUUUUACAAAAAUUCAAAUAUAUUUCUAUUUUCUUCGUAAAUAUUUGUUUAAAUAGUUAAAUCCUCAGUGAUUAUAUGUGUAUUUAAAUAGUAUGAUUGUAAAAAAAAUUCAAGAAAUUUCAAUGGAUGUCGUGCAAUGAGUUCUUAACACAAAUGUAUAUAUCUUAUGGCAAUUUUUAUAAGGUUAGCUUAUUUUCGUUAACUAUAGUACUUGUUUUAUAAAAGAAAACAUAUUUAAAAUCUGUUUUUAGUUUAUGAAAAUCCUUUAAAAAAUAUUUAUAAAUUUAUUGUCAAAUUUUCGCGUACUUCAUACUUUUUGAGGUUAUAAAAAUCUUUUCAACUUCCGCAUUAUUUUUUUUACUAAAAACCGCAAAAGAUUAAAAUUUUUUUGUAAAAUUUGAAUAAUUAUGUAAUUAUUAUAAAAUAUAAAUAG